CCAGGUAUAGGUCGGCGACGUGAUCGCGGAGCUCUCCGGCCAGCCAGUGGCGGUCCGGACGUUCGUCGUGUGUCAUCUUCGCGAGUGUACGCGUCCCGCGCAACGAUCACGUGUCUCACGAUCGAGUUUUGCGCCGCACAUAUCACGCGCGCGCCCGAGUUUUUUUUUAUUCGCUCCGUUUUUUUUUUUUUUUCUUCUCUUUUUAUUGUUUCUAUUAUUAUUAUUAUUUUCUCGAUACAUUUUUGCUCGAACACGCGCACGCCGCCGUCAAUACGUUCUCGUUCGUACGCAGACGCUCACGCUCGCACCGCAUAACAUUCGUACAAGUUUCGUACGUUAUCUUGUUUUUAAAACGUAUAAAUCCGAUUUGUGUGCGGUCUCUCGGUUUUUUUUUUUUUUUUUUUUUUUUUUUUUUUACUUCUUCUCUCGUACACGUAUACGUCAUAACAUCAUGUUCGUGUGUUUUUUUUAAAUAAAAUAUACAUCGUAUUUUUUUUUCCUCUCGCCGCCGCGAUGUACCGCGGCGAUCGUCGUGAAGGUUCGCUCUCGUCGUUGCGCUCGCGGAAAUCGCACGUUUUUCACUGCAACAACCGCCGUCUGGACUCGUGCCUUCAAUAAAUACAAACGGGAAGAGAACAACACGGUUUUCAACAGUUUCAAAUCACCCGCGUGCGUGCACGAGAGUUAUUUCGCGGUGAAUGAACGGCUGUUCGAUUAGCUGCACGAAUGACUAUGGCUGAGGUGGAAAUGGAGCCGCCGACAGACAGGGCGAGCCGGUCGACGAUCUACAAGACCAACAACAAUCAUCCGCUGGCCACGAACAACAAUAACAACAACCACCACAUCACCAGCACUCGUCCGGUGGUGGUGAAGCAAAAGAAGCGAAAACGUUUGAACCAAGUGCUGGACAGGUUGGCGGGCCAAGCGACUUCGCCCAACAACAUAAACAAUAACAACAACGGUAGCAUAUUGAACCACAACAAUAACAAUAACAACAACGAUGUUGACGCGGAUUGCAAGGACAACGGCGUAAUGUUGAUCAAAGACGAAAUGGUGGUGAUGAAGGAUGAAGUGAUGACGGAGGUGGACGGGUGCAAGAAGAACGGCGUUGGCGGCUACGACAGCGACGAAUCGCUGAGGAGGUCGUCCAAGGAUUUCGAGGAACCGUUCAGUCCUGCCGGUUCGUCGUCGUACAACCGGUCGCCUCGCAGCUCACAAACGGACUCGCCGUUCAGCCCCAACCGGUCGCGACCGGACGAUCUGUCCGUGGUGCCGCCGCUGCCGCCGCCGUCCCUGCUGCCGCCGAUGAUAGUUCCGUCCGCGGCGCAGCUGCAGAAGUGUUUCCCCGUCAACGGCUCGUCCUUGCCGCCGCACCCGUUGCACCACUAUCCCAAGUACCCGAAGUGCAACUGCCUGUUCUGCGGUGGUGACGGCACCUCGCCACCCCGACACCCGUUGCCCACCAUGCCGCUGCCCACUGCACAGCAGCCUCCCGUCACCCCCAUGUCCCCAGCCUCGCUGUUGGCCGGUUCCAUGUACACGUUCGAACACUACCUGCACAGCAAGUACCUACCCGACAUAUUCCGGAAGCGACGGAGCCAUUCCGAUUCCGAUGUUCCUAUGUGGUUCGAAGCGACCAAGGCCGAGCACUGCGGUGGCGACGACCACUGCAACAGUUCGUCCGCAAACGCCGUCUCCUCGACGGCCGUGGUCACCACCGCCGCGGUCGGCGGUGACCCGUCCGGCAACGGGUCGGGCACCGGGGCCGCGGCCACCAAAGCGUACCCGUGCGAGGUGUGCAACCGGUCGUUCGCGCGCAGCGACAUGCUCACGCGGCACAUGCGCCUGCACACGGGCGUCAAGCCGUACACGUGCCGCGUGUGCGGCCAAGUGUUCUCGCGGUCCGACCACCUGAGCACGCACCAGCGCACGCACACCGGCGAGAAACCGUACAAGUGUCCCCAGUGCCCGUACGCCGCGUGCCGCCGCGACAUGAUCACCCGGCACAUGCGCACGCACUCGCGUUACGAGAUGGUAUCGUCCGCGUCGGCCGCCGCCGCGCUCGGUCUGGACCCGUUGUCGCCCGGCUCGUCGCCGCCCGGCGGCCACCAGCUGCUGCUCUCGCCGCCCCUCGAGGUGAUGCCGCCGUGCAAGUCGGAGCCGCAAUAGUGGCGGCCGCGCGGCGCAGCGGCCGCUUAGAGUCGCCGCCGGUGCUGCCGCUGCGACCACCACCACCUCCACCACCACCACCACUACUGUUACUAUUAUUUUUAUACUACUACUGUUUCACCGCCGAAGUCAGCGCAUCUGCACGUGUAACUAAUACGAACGGUUAUUAUUAUUAUUAUUAUUAUUAUUAUUAUUUUUUUUUUUUUUAAUACAACGUAUGUAAAUAAGUAAUCCUAAGUAAACACACACACACACACACACAUACACACACACACGUGCGCACACAGCUUUCGAACAAAACCAAAGAUAUGUAUAUUUAAUUUAAUUAUUCUAUCCGCGCGACGAUUCGAAUAUUUUCGUAUGUCAUAAAGUGUACAGAUCGAUUCCUUUUCUCUCUCUCGACCGACCACGCGCACGCCAUGAGCAUAAUAUCCAGAUUUCAUUAGAUAUUUUCUAAUCGCCCUGAACGGGAAAGAUUGUUCUUAUUUUUAUUUAUUUAUUAUUAUUAUUAUUAUUAUUUCAUUCGUCGACAAUCAUAUCGUCUUCAUUUGUAAUUACUCUAUACGUACGUGUCAUUUUUUUUUCUUUCUUUUUUUAUACUAUAAUCCUUAAAUAUGUAUUAGACAUUUUUACCUAUGUAUCGAUAAAUAAUGUGAACAGGGUGUGUGAUAUUAUGUUAUAUUUAUUAUGUAU